CCUUGGAAUUUUAACUUUACUUUUGUAUUCUAUAAAGGCAAGAGUGCAGAGAGGGAGAGAGCGAAGAGAUUUUUGAGAAGAGAAACAAGAAAAGAAAGAUGGGAGACGUUGUAUUAUUUGUGGAUGAUUUGAAAUCGUCUUCGGCAACGUCUUUAUGUAGAAUAUGCCACGAAGAAGAGUUUGAAAGCUGCAAGAGCUUGGAAGCUCCUUGUGCUUGUUCUGGGACUGUCAAGUUCGCACACAGAGAUUGCAUACAAAGAUGGUGUAAUGAAAAGGGAAACACAACUUGUGAAAUUUGUCUACAGAAUUUUGAACCUGGGUAUACAUAUACAGCUCCUCCAGUAAAGACCCAGUUGAUUGAUACAAUAGUGACCAUAAGAGGAAGCUUGGAAGUUCCAAGAAGAGAGCGAGAGCUAGAAAACAGUGGAUCAGUGGGCAUAGCUGAAGGACAAAGGCUUGAGACUGGAUACCCUGAAUGCUCAUUUGCUGCCAAUAGAGGCGCCUCUCGCUGCAGAUCAAUGGCUCUCAUUUUCACAGUUGUUAUGCUACUGAGACAUCUGCUCGAUGUUCUUACUGGAGGAACCGAGGAUUACCCAUUUACACUUUUAACUGUAAGAAACUUUUUUUCCUUUUAUUUUAGUGCUAUUAGUAUUUGAACAACAUUAUCUUUUCUUUCUUUUUUUGAACAGGAACAACAUUAUCUAACUUGAGAAUGUUUAUAUAAUCUUGCAGCUGCUUAUUAUAAGAGCUAGUGGCAUAUUAGUUCCUAUGUACAUAUUGAUACGUAUAAUCACAGCAAUUCAAAACAGUAUUAUGCGUCGACAUGGGGUUAGUUUCCUAAUUUAUCACUCAAAAGUUAGAUGAAUACUUGUAUGCAACCCUAACCUUUAACUGAAAUCUAAGUGAGGAAAAAUUGUCCUCCUUUUUGGUUCAUCUGGUGCUGAGUUAUACUGCAACUAAAAGUUUUUCUAUUUUUCUGUAUAUGUUAUUAGGUUUCUGGCAUUGAAAGAUGACACAAGACAAUGGAGAAAAUGAGAGCAGCACCAGCAUAGAGUUGAAAUGCACCCUUGAUUCUUCCUGUGCUUCCAUUUGUACACGAGGCAUUAUAGCAAUGCCCCCCCUGUUUAAAAGAUUCC